UCUCAAAUCACAAAAACAAGAUGACCCAAGCCGAUGAAACUCAGUUGACCUUGCGCGUAAGCCCGCACUUCCCGCGCGUCCCGAAGGCGUGCAAGUCCGUUGGUGAGACCUUCUUCGCGUGCCUGUACAAGCACGGGAAGCAGCCAGAAGGAGUGAGCGACCCCGAUGCUGGCAAAAAGGGGAUGCAAUCGUGUGUGCGCCAACUCGAAGCGUACAAUGCAUGUGUCGACAAAGUGUUUGCCGACAAGCCGCGUAAGAUGUUUCGAGUCCCCGAGGCCUACCGCGUCCGAGAAGAGUAGAUGACAAGCCGAGUCAUUCGUGUCUAAUGGAACGACGACGCCGGGUACGCUGAAGAACCUGAUGGAAUUCAUUUUCUGGAGCGAGCCAAGCGCUUGCAUUGUCUCCUUGAAAGGUUGCGCACACGUGCAGACCACCUGCAUGACAUACC